CGGGAGAAGCACCUGCGGGCUCCGCCGCCGCCGCCGGGCACCUGAGGCCGGCGCGCCCCGGCUCCUUGUCCGGCCGCUGGGGGAAGGGUUGAUGCAAGGACCAUUUCAUCCUGCAGAAAUCACUUGGCGAGAUCUGCAUAGACUUGUUCCUAAGGGGAAACAUGUCUGAGAUCGACUAUGAGAAGUUAGCUGAAAUAGAACUGCAGAAAGAUGAAGCAGAAGAUACACAGUCAGAACAGGAAGAAACACUUGUCUCUCCUCCACUUGAGGAUCCUGAGUUAAAUAUCAAUCACCCUUACUAUGAUGUUGCAAGACACGGCAUCAUUCAGUUAGCAGGUGAUGACAAUUCUGGAAGGAAGGUGAUUACCUUCAGUUGCUGUCGUAUGCCCCCCUCCCAUCAGCUCAAUCACACCAGAUUGCUGGAGUACUUAAAGUAUACUCUGGACCAGUAUGUAGAGAAUGAUUAUACGGUUGUCUACUUUCACUAUGGCCUGAAGAGUCUGAAUAAACCAUCUCUGAAAUGGUUACAAACAGCCUACAAAGAAUUUGACAGGAAGUAUAAGAAAAACCUUAAAGCACUCUAUGUUGUACAUCCAACUAACUUCAUAAAAAUUCUGUGGAAUAUCUUUAAACCUCUCAUAAGCCAUAAGUUUGGGAAAAAGAUCACUUACUUGAACUAUUUAAGUGACCUGAGAGAGCAUCUCAAAUAUGACCAGCUAAAUAUCCCUCAAGAAGUCAUCCGACAUGAUGAAAAUCUUCGGAGAAAACAGAAGGGAAAACUGCCACCUGUGGUUAAGGUUCCUCCACCACGGCCACCUCUGCCUACCCAGCAAUUUGGAGUCAGUCUGCAAUAUAUCAAGGACAAAAAUAAAGGUGAACUAAUCCCCCCAGUAAUGAAGGAAACUGUAUCCUACCUAAAAAUAAAAGGACUACAAGUAGAGGGCCUCUUCCGAAGGUCAGCCAGCAUCCAGACUAUCAAAGAUGUUCAGAAACUCUACAAUCAGGGCAAGUCUGUGAAUUUCGAUGAUUAUCAUGAUAUCCAUAUUCCUGCUGUAAUCCUCAAGACUUUCCUUAGGGAACUCCCUCAGCCAUUACUAACAUUUGAGUGUUAUGAUCAUAUCCUUGGAAUCACCAGUGUGGAGAGCAGUCUCCGAGUCACCAGAUGCAAGCAAAUCAUUCAAGGACUUCCUGAGCACAAUUAUGUUGUUCUGAAAUACCUGAUAUGCUUUCUCCAUAUGGUUUCACAGGAGAGCAUAUAUAACAGAAUGACAGCAUCUAGCCUGGCCUGUGUCUUUGGUUUGAAUUUGAUCUGGCCAUCAAAAGGAACAGCCUCCCUGAGUGCUCUGGUACCUUUGAAUCUCUUCACUGAACUGCUGAUAGAUUUCUACAGGAAUAUAUUCCACUCCCGAACAGUGCCUGGUGAGAUCUUACCUUAAUGUUCCCAGGAAGGCAAAUGACGUGUGCCUGCCCGAGGGAAGGAUCUCCAUGCUUCAGCUGGUGGGAGCUUUAUAUUCAGGGCUCUCUCCUGUGAACGAAACUUUCAGUGAGAGUAAAGUUUCUAUAGCUUUCCAAAUACCAAAGAUGUUGGGAGAAGCACACUGCCCCAUAUAUCCUCAUCACACAGCGGAAAAUAUGUAUGUGAACAUUCAAAGAUUAAUAGGUCAAAGCGAAUCCCCUUCUUAAAAUAGAGCAGCUGACAAAAACUAUGUUAAAAAAAACAUGACACUACAUGCCAGUCUGUAAUUUCUUUGGUGAUCUGGAGACCUUACUAUGUGGCAUUAUUUUCUGGGACCAUGCAGAGCUAACUUCUGGACAACUCGUGAGUGUACAGCUUUCUUCUUUUUUUUUUUUUUUUUACUUUUUUUUUAAUUUGAAUGCAAGUUUGUUAGAAAAUUCCCUAUUGAGUUAAUGAAGGUUAAAUCAGUUUUUAAGAUGCUAAAAUUUCUAAACUAUUUUUCCAUAAAAUCCUGUCUUAUUUUACACAAAAAGGUGUGGGGCAGUUGUGGCACAUCAGGUUUGCAAUUACAGUGGAGAGUAAAGUGUUUCCUGGGUAAUUUGAGUCGUGCAGACAGCUAACUAAUUAUGCUUGCAAACAUCUAAUAUGUGUAUUUAAUCACUGUAGCUGCACAUGCAAAGUGUGUGGAAGUUUUUUUCUUAUUAUAAGUUCAAAUGGGGAGCAAUAAUAUUCUGGGUGUUUUUUUUCUCUAAAUACUUGGGAUUUCCAUCAGUGGACUUAAAUCAGCAAGCAUAUAAUACAGAAUAUAGACUAACUUUGAGAAGAGUACCCCUGAUGUUUGGGCUGCAUUCUUUUGCAUUUAGAGUUGAUAGAAAUUGGCUCUUCAUAUCACUUUCUCUAGAAAGCAGUAAGAGCAACUACUUGAAUAAUAUACCUAAUAUCAUUUUUAUACAUUGAAAGUCUAUUAUUAGUCCCAAUGUGAAUAAUUAGCCAACACAAAGGGAGAAUUUUCAGUGUUUCCUUUCUGACUAUGCCACUUGUAUUUUAUGAACUUUUACACAGUGCUAUUUCAUUGUUUAACAGUGAUUAGUAAUGAGGUGGUGUAACAAAGUUAUCAUUAUAGUUCCCUGCAAACCAAAAGAAAAUUAACCAGUGGUUAAAAAAAAAAAGGUAAGCAGUAUUUUCCUUCAUGUUCUGGUCUUCCUGAUUCUGUGCAAAGCUUAGAAAACAGAGGGACUGUUUAGACUUCAGUGAAAGUAAUAGUCUCAGAAGGACAACUUAGGCAUCCCCUCCUCUGGAAAGAGAGCCACUUUUUAUCUUGUAGGUUCCAGAGAGUUGAGAGUUUGUCCUUCUGGCCUUCCUCUUAGCAGUUACCAAUUGCCUGCCUGUGUGAGGGGUGCAACAAAACCUUAUUGCAAAGGGUAAAGAGGGUUCAUUCUUGUCAGCAAUUCCAGAAAUAACCAAGUAUUUCAGAAGGCUGUGUAAUGCCAGAUGUGCCAGACCUUCAUUUGCCCAGUAGGUGUCAGCUGUAGCAUUAGACAAUGAUGAAAAUUUGAAAAAUACAGAGGCUUUAGAACAAGACAUGUUAGGACCAAGUUCUUACAUCACAGUUGUGUGCUUUCCCCAGUUCCUCAAGUCUCUUAAAUACAACUUUUUGGCCUUUGAAUAUCUGUAAAGAAUAACCACCUAUGACUCCCAUUUAAAUAUAACAUCUUGCAUAAUACAGAGAAAAUAAUUAACCAGUAUUCAUGAUUGUUGAAUUUCAGCAAAAUGAGAUUGCCAAGGAUAAACCUGUCAUGGUUUUGUAUUGCAACUCAUCAGUUUUACAUCUGAUUUAUCGAUGACAGCAUCCUAGCCUUGUUGUAUUAUGAAAACCAAACACAGUUAUGCUCAGCACUGUUCAGCAGCACGACAGCAUGGUUCUGUGCAUCAGCACCCUGUUCUUAUCGGGGAGGAAUCUGGCCUCUGGCAAUUAACAAAACCUGAGGUUUUUGCCACUCUCUGACCUUGGUCAAAAUACACGUGCGUUAGUUUUGCUGUCCAUAAAAAGAAGUAACAGUUGUCAUUAGAAAAGUGCUUUGGGAUUAAAUGCUGAUAAGUCUUAUAGAAUGGUUGUUUGCCAUUUCCCUGUGUGCUCUUCCAAAAAAUCCAGCAACAUCAAAUGGCAUUUAGUCUUCAGGCUACACAGAACGGGAAUGUGAGUCCUGGGUGGCUUUAGCACAGUAGCAUGCCAGAGCCCUGGGGGGUGAAAUCCUGAGUUCAUGGAAGUCAGCUUUGCUCAACAAGUCCCCAGAGCCUGGGGAAGGGGGUACCCCAUAGAUUUAGUUCUCUAACUCUUCCUAGGUUGGGAGAGAGGGAAUUUGGCAGCAUCAGUCAUGCUGCUGGUGCAGACCCUCAGGGCACAGCUGUCUCUGACCCCAUUACUUUUACAAGUAAAAAGUACAAGCAAAGAGCAUCGCUUCUGGUAAUUUGCCUGCCUGUAGACACACGAUGAGAGUUAAAACCAGACUCACUCUUUCAGUAUUGGUCAUAUGCCAAACUGCUGGUCUUCCUUUUAAGUGCUCUGCAAACUACCAUUUUGCAGCAAUUUAUAGCUCCUCUCACUUAGUCAAUGAAGAGCAAAAUGGCGUUUUCUCAUCUCAAGGUGCCUUCUUCCUUUGAAGAACUGAUAACAUCUGUUAUCCACCCGUGUGGAUAAUUUGAUGCUUAAGGAAAGUGGAGGCUCUGGUUUGGAUUGCCACUAGCACUGGUGGGGGGAUGUGGGGCUCCUGCUCCCCUUUCCUUUCCUGCCUCCCCAGCAGGCAGCCAAAGCCAGAGGAAAGGAAGGUGCUCACCUCCACCCCAGCCUUGCCCUGCGAGCCUGCCCAUCACAGGGAAGGGAUUUUCCCAAAUCAAAGGCACCUGGGUAUCAAAACCCUCCUAGCCAUGAGACCCCAGCUUUGUGCCCCCUACCCCAAAGGAACUGGUGAAAUCCUUCGUCUGUAGCAGAAGCCCCCGAUCUCCGUCCUCAGUGCCAGACUUAACUAUGACAUUAAAUCAGUUCUCAUGAAUUAUUCAGAAGGGUUUGGAGUGAAAUUCAUGUUAGAGAAAUAUAUGUUUCAAAUUUCCUGACUCUAAGAGGAGUCCUGGAGGUGUCCCCUGCAGUUACUUUGAUAACAGUUUCUCUUUACAAAUGAUAAUUGCACGAUUCGAGCUUUUGUACAGUGUGGCCUUGUGAACUCUUCGCUCAUAUCAAAGAACAAUUUGCAGAUCAUUUCCAUAGCAAAAAGAAAGUGAUUAUGGAGAUAAUCUGUUGGAAACACACAUGCUGGAUUUCAGUUUAAAACAAUAAAAUGCAGUCAUAGAAUGAGAAAUCAAGUGUUACCUAGCUGACAAUAUAUAGAGAAUAAAUUGCCUGAGCAUUUUAGUUUACCGAGCUGUUAGUAGUUGAAAAUUGGCCCCAAGAUUAGUCUGAUUAUCAGGAUGCCUCUAGCAACAAGCAGCAAAGGGGGAAGGGAAUAUCUUCUACCCUGAAUCUAUGAAGAAAUGUAAGAAGAUUGAACAAUGUCAUUAACCAAGGGGGGUCUUUACAGUUCUUACAAAAAACUUCCAUAAAUGAUUGUCACUUAGAUGUGUGCAGAUGAUCUGUCUUAUUUGUGCUGCACUCCUGAAGCAGUGUUCCUUGCAGAAUCACUCAGAGCCUUAGAAAUACAAACUUUAAUAUAUUCAUCCACUUGUGAGAAGAGUAAUAAUAGAAAAGCGCCAGAUAUUUUAUUCACAUGUUCCAUGUGUACUUAGGUAGCAAGUUGAACUUUUAAUGGGAAUGACAGUACAGUCACCCACUCCUUCAUUCCCUGAGUAGUUUGUCUUCACAACCCUGGAGAAUGUAGGCUUGUCAACACUUCCACUUUUCAAGUGGCCAUGGGGGUGUUGGGGCGUGGGGGAAGAAGGUCAAAGAGAGUUACUGCCAGCACCUGUAAUUUGGGGAGUGAGAAGCUCAUGUUCAGUUGAAGCUCUACUGGCCAGGCACAUCCCUUCUCAUACUCUGUUCAUUUCUAACAUGUUUUUACCUACAAAGAGAACUCAGAAGCAAACACACCCUGCUUUCAGUAGGCACAUCUCCAUUGAAGCCAAAGGUAUGACUGUGAGAAUUAUGUAAAUCGUGUGAAAUGAUACAUGUGGCUGGUGUGUGAAAAGUGUUCUGUCUUUCCUGGUCGAGCAAUACUCAUUUUCACCAUCUGAAGAGUUUGAUUUUUGUCUUUUUAUGUCUUUGUCCUGUGGAAAGCCAUUUCAGUGGAUUGCAUCUAAGGUAGCAGAGGAUUUCAGGAUCCUCCAGCAUCAUCUGAGAGCAGUGGAGGACUGUAGUGGGAUGCUACAAACACUGUCUUCUUUCUUGCUAGCUGGAAAGCUUGAGAAAGGACUGCCUUAACUGAUGGGAUUGCUUCAGAGUUAGGUUGGUGGUUUGGACAGUGAACUGGCCUGGAAACUAAGGAAACAUCCAAAUACAACCAGGAGAAAAGCCCUUUUCCACAGAGGGCCUGUCAGCACCUAAGAAAUGUUACCCAGAAUUGUCACUCUGAGGGAAAAGAGUCUUAGCUUACCUCUUUGAGCUGGAAAUACACAAACUUGUGUACAAUGGCAUGCAAGUUCUCCUCUUUCUUCCUGACUGGAGUCUGUUUCCUGUAGUGUUAGGAAAGCCAUGGUAAUUAUACACGGAAGGGUCAUAGGCCUGUUAUCUCAACUAUUUCUCUCUAGAAUAGCUGGCAGAAGUUCAGCCUGAAAAAUAAUUAGCUGAUUGGAAAUAUAUUUCUGCUGGAACAUGCCAACUCAACAAAAAAUAAAAGCAUUUUCUUAAAA